AUGGACCAAUCGAUCUACCAAGAUGAGGCGUUCGGCAACAACUCAAUUCCCGCAUCUUUGAUGUUGCAGCAACAGGAGCAGACCGAAUUGCCUCUUGCUGAACGCACUGAGCCUCCGUUGCUCUCAGCAGAAGAGCUGGCGCAGUGGCGCUGGGCCAACGUUGAGAACUUGGAUGUUUACUUCCAAGAAGUAUACCAGUACUUUCUAGAUAAAGGCUGGUACUGUACAAUUUUGAGACGAUUGACGAGUAUGAUAACUGUACUCUUUGUUAUUUCGUUUGCGAUCUAUCUGGGCUACUGUAUAGAUUACUCCAAGCUUCGCGGCGCAACCACACUAGAGCAAAUACGCGUCCAGCACUGCCUUGCCAAAGCACCUUUUCACACCAAGUUUCUACUGUGGGUGUUUGUUUGUCUUUGGCUCUUGAAAUGUUUCCAGCUCGUUGCCGACUCCAGGCGGUUAUGGGAAAUGAAGAUGUUUUACGAGUAUAUGCUAGGGAUCAACGAGCAAGAGAUCCAGACGAUUUCUUGGCGGCAGGUUGUUGAGAGAAUUGUGAAACUCAAAAGUCUGAAUCUGGCAGCCGCUGGACGUACCGGGGAAGUCCCGAAAGCGAGAGCUCUUGAUGCACACAGUAUCGCAAACCGAAUCAUGCGUCAAGAGAACUACCUGAUCGCAUUGUAUAACAAAAGCAUCCUGGACUUGAAUCUCGAUGUGCCGCUUAUUGGCAAGUACACGUUUCUGACAAAAACUCUAGAAUGGAGCAUUAACCUUUGCAUUUUGGAUUUCGCGUUUGAUGCCAAGGGUGAACUGAGGCCAGUGUUUUUGAACGAGGGCCGGCGUACAAUGCUUGCAGAUGGCCUCAAACGACGAUUCCAGUUUUUGGCCGUUAUGAAUAUUAUUUGUGCUCCAAUGGCUGUCUUGUAUAUGGCACUGUACUAUUUCUUCCGGUACUUUGCCGAGUACCAUCGUGAUCCGUCGUCGAUGGGCAUGCGGACUUACACACCACUAGCGGAGUGGAGACUACGAGAGUACAAUGAGCUCUAUGAUAUUUUCCGUCGCCGGUUGAGUAUGAGUACUGCUCCUGCCCUGAGGUAUAUCUCACAGUUCCCAAAAGAGCGCAAUGAGAUUGUCCUGCGAUUCAUUAUUUUUAUCUGCAGUGCUUUUGCCGCAGUGCUUGGUACUGUCUCAAUUUUUGAUCCAGAGCUGCUGUCGCUGGAAUUAACCAAGGGUGGUUCCGUGCUGUUUUACCUUGGUAUUCUUGGUAGCAUAAUUGCGGUUGCUCGCGGUAUGCGGGCUAUGGAGUCAGAGAUCCUCGAUCCUGAAGGAGCAAUGCACCAAAUUGCCGAGUUCACGCACUACCUGCCCGACUCGUGGCAGGGCAAGCUGCACACCGAAAAAGUAAAGGCAGAGUUUUGUGAGCUUUACGACCUGAAAAUCAAAGUGAUAAUGAGGGAUCUGUUGAGCAUCGUUGUCAAUCCAGUUAUUCUAUGGUACAAUCUACCUGAAUCUAGCGACAAAAUCAUUGAUUUUUUCCGCGAGUUCAGUGUUCACGUCGACGAGCUUGGCUACGUCUGUUCGUUUGCAGUGUUUAACCUUGACCAUGCCAACAAGAUGAAAGCCCGGGCAGAUGCGCUAGACAAAUACUAUUCGACUGCUGACGGCAAGAUGCUCAAGAGCUACCUAAACUUUGUCGACUUUUAUGGCCCCAACGCCGGAAAAGCCCCUCACCGGAGGGGCAGCAUACACGCCCAUCGAAUGUCGCAGCCAUCCAGCAUUAUGGAGAACUCUGUGAUGGGCCGGUACGAUCAAAUGAAGCUGUCAGUGGUAGAGGAGACGGUAACCGAGCCUGAGCCUGAGCCCGUGCCUGAUACGUCUCUCCACGACAGCGGGGUGUUCGGAAUCCUAAACAAAGUGGCCAAGGGCCAAGGCAAGCAGCGAUUUAUUUAA